AUGUGGCCACCCUGGCCUUCCAGCCGGCUGCUCCCCCAACUGGGGAGCCCGCGGCCGGCGGGAGAUCUUCGGCGCUGCGCCCCAGCCUUGGAGAGGCAAACUCUGACUUCUCCGUACCCAACUGCACAGUCCCGCUGCAGUCUAAAGGUGGCAGCCUCUGUAGCGAGGGGUGCCCUGGCACUGCGUACGAAUUUUACUCGGCAGGUUGCUUUUGUCCGGAAAAUUCCUUGGACUGCAACAGCCAAUGAGCUGAGAAAACACUUUGCUCAGUUUGGCCAUAUACGAAAGUGCAUUCUUCCUUUUGAUAAAGAGACUGGCUUUCAUAAAGGUAUGUGUUGGAUUUACUUUUCUUCAGAAGAAGCACUUCAGAAUGCAGUGCAACAUGAAAAUCACAUAAGUGAUGGAGUAAAGGUCCACAUUCAAGUUCAAAAACCAAAAAAUUUUCAGGUUGGAAAAGAGGAUAUCGUGGAGGACAAUAGUGCAUGA